GAUCUCUGUCUGAUGUCACCAUCUACGCUGAGCCAGGUCCUGUGAUCUUUCAAGGGAGUUUUGUAACUGUUGUGUGCUCAAACUCUGAUGACUCUGACACAGUACGCCUGGAGAAAGACAGCAACCCCUUUAUGGAAAAAGACACUGAGCCUUCUAUGACAGAGGAUCGAUUCCACAUUGGGCCAGUGAAUAAAACCAUGACUGGAUAUUAUCACUGUAUUUAUAGGAAAGGGAACAAAUGGUCCCAACGCAGUAAGAAGCUGGAGCUAAAGGUGAUCAAAGAACAUGUCACCCAGGUUUCUUCCCCAGGUCCAACAAUGACCUCAGGCAAUGUUAUCGAAGGUCACACCCUGGAGAGUUCAAUCAGGAUGGGUAUGGCAGUGCUGGUUCUUCUGAUUCUGCUGACAAUAUUGGCUGAGGCCUGUUGGAACUAUGAGGAGCACCACACGUUGAAAUGCCAGAACAGUGAACAGAUAAUCUGGCAGAAUUGACCUUGGAGAAAACUCCAUCUUCAGAGAUAUCCCCUGAUGGAUGAAGAAUAUAUUCAGGGUUGGGUCUUUUAUUUGGGGGGGGGUACUUGGAAAAAUGGCUGAACCUCAGUGGGCAAAGAACAUACCCCAGAUACUAGGAAUUCUUUAGGUGCAUUGAAACCUUAAAUAAACUCAUAGAUAGUAUGUGAGUUUUCUUCAA